UUGAUAUUUUUUUUUGUCUUCCAGCGGGUGUAAAACAUCCGACUCCUUUCCCUCAAACAGUGAGAAAAUGCAUUUCGCGCAAAUAUUUAGUUUUAAGAGGAAAAUAGUUGUUUUUCCAAAAAGGGUGCAAAAAUUCUUUCGCAUCGAGGGGUUACGAAGAAUCGAUGAAUCUGAAAAUGUCUAUAUGGAUUGGAUUGCCGAAAUUAUGUAAUAUUGGAAAGAUGUUUGCAAACUUUCCAUGUUACAAUAGCCAAACUCUUCGGUGGAAUCUUGACUUGAUUUAAGUCCAUCCUAUUCUAAUUUAUUUUUCAUACAAGGCGGCACCUUUUCCAAUACAGACACUCCGUUUCUUUGUGUUACAUAAGCGUUUUACUUACUCGUAAAUAUCUCAUAUAGUCACCUACCUGAUUGUUCGUGGGAAUGACAAUAGUCGAAUGGGGAAAUUUGAAAUGUUUAUCUAAUGUUAAAGAAAAGGAAGUGUUUCGUCGGUUUCUCCAAGGAUCAUAUACAAACCAAGGUCUAACAAAUGUACGAAGCUACAUGGAAUCAGAAUGUUUGCGAAUUGUGCAAAAAUCGCUCGUUGGUUUGCAAAACCAAGGCAAACUUAUUUCAGGUCUUUGUAACAGAACAGAAUAGUCUGAAAGAUGCAAAAAUAUACAAGCAAAAAAAGUAAUUAUAUACUGUGUAAGUUCCGCAAGAAUUCGAAGAAAAAUUCACGUUGAAGUGCACAUUUUUCCAGGACAAAACAAAUCUCAGAUUCAGACAAACAAGCGCACUUUGCCAGAUAUUCUACUACCGCUGAUGCUGCUGCUGCUGCUGCUAGAAGGAGGAUUUUAACAACGGUUAUAAAGCUGGUGUCAAUAAGGAAGGACGAGGCCGGUCAAAAUAAGCUGUCGUAGCUGACGGAGGCAGCGAGUCACCAGGAGGCGCCACAACUGAGUAAUAUUGAUCGCCGAACAUCCCGUCCAUUGGCGCGCACCGGCAACGGUUCCAGAGCAAGUGGCGGCGAUUGGCCGGGCAACGAUGCAGCAAAACGAUUACCGCUCAGCUAUAGUCCGCGACAGAGAUCGCGAGGAGAGACACCGUAGCCGUGACCGUGAGCACGAUCGUGACCGGGAUCGAGAGCGUGAGCGAAUGCGAGAUCGCAGCCGUGACCGGCAGAAGUACCACGACCGGACUCGUGAGUAUCGUCGCGAUGAAUAUCGCUCGGAUCGUCACAGAGAUGAUAAACGUAGAGAUCGGCACCGGGAUCAUCGGUUUGACCGGGAGCGUAGUCACAAGAGUUCACGCAGAGAUAGCAGAAGUAGAAGUCGGGACAGUCGACGAAGACGAAGCAAGUCUCGGUAUCGAGAAGGUUCGCACGAACGCCGGCACCAUACUAAAGACCGAGACCGAUCCAAGCGCGAUUUAUCGGUCGAAAUUGAGCAAGAAUUGCAACAUUUGAGAAAAUUGUCUGACUUGAAACAAGCAGCUGCAGCGAAAAUGGAAAAAUCAAAUCACAGCGAAUCUGAAUCGGAAUCUAAACCAGUGUCUGCGGAAAAUUCCAACAGUAAUAGCUCUCAGCAAAGGAAAAUGGAAUCAGAUUUCCACAAAAUGUUCAACAAUAGCAACAGUAAAACUGAUUAUGUGCCAGAGAUCCAAACCGAAGAGGAGCGCAUAGAAUUCCAGAAAAAGAUGCAAGAGAAACUGCAAGCUCAUCUGGCUGCCGAAGGCAAACUGUAUCCUCGGCCGAAGCCUUCGCCGGCAAUCAAUUCCGUGACGGGAUUUGCGAACGAUGGGUCAUUUUUGGAAAUGUUCAAAAAAAUGCAAGAACAGUCCCAAACUGCGUACGCCGGUUACCAAACCAUGACCGAUGAAAGUACAAUCGCACAAACCUACCCGGGCUAUGUGCCCCAGGUGGCACAAUCGGUCACGACCCUGCAUCAGCAACAGCAGCAACUACAACAGCAACCAGUCCCUGUGUCGAUUGUUGGUCGUCGACGGGGCGGAAAGAUUCUCAAAACCGGUAUCGUGAAAAAGCAGAGACCAAUUGAAGAUUCGUACGUUGAAACCCCCAACGAUGCCUGGAAUCUAUACCUGCAGGAGGUGCAGAAGUACAAGAACGCUUCAUGUGAUGCCGAUUCCAAAACGCGUCCGUUAGUCAAAUAAAAUGGUCCUAACAGUGUAUGACUAUCAUAUCUAUCUGAAUGAAUGAAGUUGAGGAAGAAUGACGAAUUUGUAUUACUACUCUAGCGAUAGCUCUAGAUAAGCCAAUUUCAUUAACUGAAAAUGAAUUCGAAAGUGUUCCGGAUGUUACCGGGAGAUCUAAUCACUUCUCUAGUGUAGUUAUACUUAAUUUUCCGUUAGUAAAUAAGUAUUUUGUUCUAGUUUGGUAAGUCUUGCUGGCCGAAAUGCAUUUUCUUGUAACAUGUCUCCAAAUCCCGUAACCUGUGAAAUCACGACCGUUCAAUUUAUUCUAACGAAAACCAAACUUAUUCCCUACCCCGCUCGUACAACAACGCGUCACGAACGAUCAGAGCAGUCGUUUCUGCUGAACCCCAAAGACGUGAAAUGGCACCAGCAGCACUGCCGUUGAAGGCGGCCCCUUUCGAUCCUCGCUUCCCGAAUACCAAU